GCGUGCAGUCCAGUGUUGCAGAUCAACGUGCGUCACGAUCUUUCCCCAUCCACAAAAGAUCGACGGAAGUGCGGAACAUCAAAAUUUUCAUCCACGCGUGGACGAAAUCAUGUGUGAUCCAUGUUUCCACUGCCAACUUAUAAUAAGACUCCUUAUGCAAUUUUGAGGAUUGAAUAUUGGUGAAUUUAAAUGCGCACAUGUCAGCAAACGGGUCCGACUUCGAUGGAUGGAUUUCAACGUUGUUGAUCAUUGAGAAAUAACUUAUGUUGCCUGAGGAGAAAACGCGCAUUAAUUGGUUUUUUGCUUAAAUUUCGCUUUUCAGUGGCAUUUAGCUGGUGGACAAAAUUUAUCUCGGACUACCUGGAGACGCAAAGUCCCGAAAGCAUGUCGAUGAGUAGCUGUAACUUUCACUGGAGUCAUUUUAGCGAAGAUCUGAGAUUCCAGGCGUGCUUCAUCUGGUUUCUGGAAUCUGGAUAACAAUAAUUUUGUUUUUGGAGACAGCGUUUGUUUAUCAUAAUCAAGUGUACUCGACAAUGGAUGGACAGCGAAAUUUUCGAGGGAACCGCUUUAAUCCAAACGAUAUCGACAAAUUUCACGAUACCACGAGAGAUAUUACAGUCAUAUUUACAUUUCUGUUGCCGCUGGGAUGCAUCGCGUAUUUUUUGAUAUGCAAAUACAGACGACGUCAGGAUGUGGAACUGGAGGUGUCACACAGUGUGCACAUUGUGGACGAUGACGCCUUCGCAAGCAGAUUUGUGAUACUUGCCAGUACCAUUGGAUUGACGGUUUCUCAGGGAGCGAUUCUGUUGUUACCAUGCUCUGUCCUGGCCAACGAAAUUAUACAUUCCUUUCCGGAUAACUUUUAUUUUCAGUGGCUGAACACAUCCGUUAUUCAUGAUUUAUGGAAUCUCAUCACAACUUUAUCAAAUAUUUCAUUGGUCACGCUUAUCUAUGGGUAUUUCCUUUCCGAAUCUGAAGGCUUUGACGGUUCUCGAAAAGGCCUAUCUAGUCGCGUGAAAGAAGCUCUUGUUACCAUUCUUUAUGCCUUGGUGUUCGUUUCGGGAGUGCUGAUAUUGCUGUACCACUUUUUGAAUUACGACACGUGGGAUUUCUUGUCACUCGACAAAUUGAUGAAUCUGCAUAAACUCGUCCUUCCGUGGUUUCAUACCUGCUUGUCUUUCCUGGGAGCCGUCAUUUUGUUGAUAUCAACGCCUUGUGGAUACGCCAGAAUGUUCACCGUAGUUGGAAAACUCGUGAAGCGUCCCUUGCUGGCUGCGGAUGCGUCGGAUCUGAAUAUUAGUUCCGAACGUUCCAGUGGUUUUGGCAAUGCACACGAAGAUCUCACUAUUCUGGAAGAGCACUUCGAAGAGCAUUUGAAUCCUUCGUUCUUUCGCCGGACUCUACUGUAUCCGGUCCUCAUGCUUCUGAUGCUGUUAUGGACGAGUUUUUGUAUUCUGGUCUGCUUUUGGAAUCUGGUGAAAAUGACGUUAGGAUUUCGCGAUCUCCCUGGUGUUUCCCGGUUGGCUGACGUUGGAAUCACCUCGCUUUCUAGUCUCGGAUUAGUCGGAGCAUUUCUGGAAAUACUUAUCAUUGGAUAUAUAGUUCUUGCAUUCUUUGUGGGAUUUUAUUCUCUGCCUUGGAGGGGCAUCCGACCGCGUUUGCGCGAUACAUCCUUGCCACAGAUAGUUGCCAACUGCACUAUAAUUCUGCUUCUUAGUUCAUCUUUGCCGUUGUUUGUCCGCGUCCUAGGUAUUACGAAUUUCGAUCUGCUGGGCAGCUUUGUCCAUGUCAGCUGGCUUCGAAAUUUGCGUGUUAUUGUUGGGUAUAAUAUUUUAUAUCUUGUGGCAUCCGUACUGGUAUUGACCGCCCAUGCCACCCGAGCUGUUUGGCAAGCGAUCUGUGAACGACUGAAAAUUGGUACCAACGGUAUAAAAAAAGUUGCUGCCCGGCGAUCGGGCAAUUCGGCCUUUAAGGAGUGUCUAAUCGAGCCAGUUACGUCCAAGCUAUUGCAGCUGUCAACAAAAAAUGGAUACCUGAAGAAGCACAGCUAGACCAUCGAUUUCAAAAGGAUGGAUGUAAUUUGCUGGCAGGUUUGUUUUGAUCGCUGUACAAUUGGACGGGCGCGGUGUAGCGUUACGACGGCCAGGACAUAUUGUAUGGUUUUAAGUUUUGUACCUUCUUGGAGAUUUUAUGCUUUUACAACCUGCAAAAUAGCGGUUAUUACGUUUCUUACCGACCAAGGUCGAUGUAUUGAGUAUUGACCGUUUCACGCGCAAUACAUGUUGUGGAUAUUUUUCUCAUACUCGUGUUGGUUAUUGUUCUUUGGACGGAUCAGUUUUGAUUUCUCUUUGCCAAAGUUUUUGCUUAUUUUUAUAUUAUGCAUUUUUAAGUUAUUAAUUGUACUUAAGUUUACUGCCGAUUAUACAGAUACGUCUGAUUCGACGGAAAGAAAGCAGUGGAUGGCUCAAUAAAAAAAUACG